CUGGGCAUCGCCAAGGGGCUAGACGCGGGAGGGGGCGGCCGAACACUCGGCUUCCACGCCUCCCUGGACGCUGGGCUCUUGCUCAAUCCUUGGGCCUCAGCUGGAGCUGGACCCGCCUAGGACUGGGGCCCCACUCUGCCCGAGCCCCGGGUCCGAGCCCGGCGCCACCUGGAGCUCCCUUCCCGAACGAGACUUAGAAAGCUUCCUGAACAGGGCCUCACUCCUGCCGGCUGGGCCUGGGGUGCCAGGGUGAGUGCCCCCUUCUCCUGUGGGGACCUUCAGCCUGCUGUCAGCCAUGGAGCUGCGGUGCUCAGGCAGCUCUCCUGCCGAGACUUGAUCUUGGGGCAGUGAGCUGACCCUGGGGAAGCCUUGGCCAUGCCCUGCAUCACCUCCUCAGAGCUGGCAGGCUGCCUGCCCCGGCUGCACAGCCAAUGUCCUUCCUGUUUCCAAGCUCUGAAGGGUCCCCAGCAGAUCCUCUUGGCUGCUGGCUCAGGUUCUGGACAGGAAGACCAGGCCCACAGGAUGUCUGGUGGCCAGGAACGUAGCCCUGAAGGCUUCAUAGACCAUCUGCUCAGUGAACAGAAGACAGGCCCUGAGAGAGGGGAGGGGCGUGCCGGAAGUCUCCAGAGCACCAUUUUCCUGAGGCCAGGCACAGCUGUCCCCCACACCUGAAGACAGGGUGAGCUCAUCUCUGGGGGCUCCGCCCAAUGCCAAGCACAUGGCCCAACCCAUGGGGCCUCCAGAGCCUCAGCAGCCGCGAGACCCCAACAGAUGCUCUUGGCAGCCUGGGUGGCAGACAGGGCAGGGCAUGCUGGCCCAUUUCCCCCAGAAAUGAAGGACCAAGUCUUAAGACAUUGACUUACCUGCCCCCAGAGUGGAAGAUAGAACCUGCAAGGGCACCCAGGGCACCUAGCCCUGGCUAGGGUUCUUGCCACAGCUUGGGCAGCCUCCCUCCCUCCCUCACGGAGAAGCCCUGCAGGGCUUCCAGCACUAGGGACCGGGAACCCCCAGGCCCAGUGGGGUGAGGGCUCAUCCCGGAUGGUGAGGUGCAGCUGAGUCCCCAGGGACCGUCAAAGCCCAACUGCAGUGCUGACCCUGGGUGCCCAGGACAGCAGAGGCUGGGUCGUCCAGUGGUACCCACUCAGUAUGUGGGCACUUGAAUGUUUAUGGAGUGACUGCGUUAACGUGAGCAGAAUCUAGGGCAGACCUCUGGCCUGGGGCACUUCCGGAAGGUUCCCUGUGGCUGUCUUCAGAGUGUAGAAGGACCUUUGACCCAGCUGCCUUUCCGUGUGGGACCUGUACAGUUCCAGUAGGAAAAGAUUGGUGUCUGUCUGUCCGGCAGUGCUGACUCUGUAGCCUCUGCUCUGGCUUUCAGGACGCAGCAGUGAGCAAGGAAGGACUCAGCCCACCUGGCCACCCUUCAUGGUCCUCCACCUCACUCAACUGUCUCUUUUUCCAUAGUACUCAUCUUUUUUUGCUCACCGUGUUGGAAUUUUCUGGUUUUGUUUCUGUCUGACAACCUCCCCAAGAAUGUUGCCCUGAUAGGCAGGGCUAUUUGUCUCAUGGGGCGUCCAAGUGCCUGGGAGAGCAAUUGGCUCUGGGCAGGGACUCAGCAGGUGUUUCUGCAACUGGCAAAAACAGGUGCUCUGGUGAGAGACAAGCAAGAAAUGAGCAGGAACACAGGCUGCAGGUGAGAUCGGCACAGCGAUGGUGCAAGCCAAGUGACACGACAGGGCCACGCUGACAUCUGUGGGCACGUGUUCCGGGCAAAGGGCAGCUUCAGGUCACUGAGUUCAAGCCUGUGGCCCAAGCAAAGUGAAGCAGGCUCCAGGGGAGAAGGGGCCUGGCCGGGGGAUGGAUCCCACUCCGGGCCUUCUUGGGGGGGUGGGGGGGCAGCGGGAUCCCAGCUGUUGCUUUCUGCCCCUCCCCCCACCCUGAAGUAAUGACUCAGGGAGCGAGCUGACUCACAGGGACACAACCCCCCCCCCCCCCCCCGCCAGCCUGGCUCCCUGUGUGUUUCAGUGUGUGUUGGAAAAUGGGCGACCUGGAGUCGGACUUCAACCUGAAAGUUGUCUUAGUCAGUUUCAAGCAGUGUCUCAACGAGAAGGAGGAGGUGCUGCUGGAUCACUACCUCGCUGGCUGGAGGGGGCUGGUCAGGUUCCUGAACAGCCUGGGUGCCAUCUUCUCCUUCAUCUCUAAGGAUGUCACCACAAAGCUACAGAUCAUGGAGCGUCUGUGCAGUGGCCCGCAGCAGGAGCACUACAGCAGCCUGCAGUCCAUGAUGGCCUACGAGGUGGGCAACCGGCUGGUGGACCUCGAGCGUCGUUCCCAGCACCCCGACUCGGGCUGCCGGACGGUGCUCCGGCUGCACCGCGCCCUGCGCUGGCUACAGCUCUUCCUGGAAGGUCUGCGCACCAGCCCCGAGGACGCGCGUACUGCCGUGCUCUGCACCGACUCCUACAACGCCUCUCUGGCUGCCUACCACCCCUGGAUCAUCCGCCGGGCCGUCACCGUGGCCUUCUGUACGUUGCCCACACGCAAGGUCUUCCUGGAGGCCAUGAACGUGGGGUCCCCAGAGCAGGCCGUGGAAAUGCUGGGCGAGGCCCUGCCCUUCAUUGAGCGUGUCUACGAUGUCUCCCAGAAACUCUACACUGAGCAUUCCCUGCUGAACCUGCCCUGAGGGCCAGCGGAGCUCAGGAGACCCGGGACGAUAUGGCACACGGAGAGAGCCUGGACCCUUUUGCCCAGCUGACAGGCCAGCCGUCACCAGACACUUGGGGGCCUAGCGUCUCCUACUGGCUCUCCACUGUGAGCUCAGGGCCCUCGAUGCCGAGGGGACUGUAUCCACCACACGGAGAUGUGCGGAAGUGUGGACUUGCAGAGACCCUGGGAAAAUGUAAUGCGGGUGAUGGAUUUUCAAACAUCAAUAAAUUCCCCUUCCAGAGCA